CCAAUAGUUUCCAGGCGGAUGAAGCGAGCAGACCUCCAGACAGAGGCGGGCUCUUGGCUAGAGGGUGUCCGGCAGAGGAGGCAGUCUUCUCGGUGGGGGCGAGCUGACGAGGGCUGGUCAGAGAAUCAAGGCUGCGGCAGGACCUGUUCGAUGUCCCCGCACGUUAAAGACAAAUGAACCGAGGCGUGGAGGAAUUUAUGAGAGGAAAACUCUGGACGAGGUUCUUUUUGGACGACAAGCUUCCAGUCGGUAGAAGAUCUUUUGUAGUUCCUCACUGAGGACAUUUUGGAUUUUUUUUUACUUCUCUGCCAUUAAGUGUUCACCAGCAGGGACAAUUUAACCACUGUCUUCGUUUAAGUUGUUUUAUUUUAAGAUUACUUUAACGUGUUAAUGUGACUUGAGCCACUUUUGUAGCGCUUUUCUUCGGAAAAAUGAAACAUUUUGAUAAUCUUUAGUCGUUCUUUUGAGUGGGCUAGAUUAGCUAGCUGCUAGCUUAGCUAAAAUCGUUCGCAGUCGCCUCUUCUCAGCGGACUAAUGUCCACCUGUCCGCUUAAAGUUUGACUGGGAUCGUCUCGCCUGGACCGUGGACAAAGUCACGUUACGGAAGAUCUAGAAGAAAGUUGUUGUCACUGGCUCUUGACCAGCCGUCCGGGUGCUUGAGUCCUAAAUGACAAGUGCCUGAGGAUGUCGAAGCGGAGCUUCUUCGUUCGCCUGGUGCCGUGUCGCUGCUUGCGGGGCGAGGAGGAGCCGGUAACGUCACUCGACUACUCCCACUGCAGCCUGGAGACUGUUCCCAAGGAGAUCUUUAGCUUUGAGAAGACGCUGCAGGAGCUCUACCUCGAUGCCAACCAGAUUGAAGAGCUGCCUAAACAACUUUUCAACUGCCAGCUCCUUCAGCGACUGAGCAUGCCGGAUAAUGACUUGACCGUCUUGCCAGGGGGGAUCGCUAACCUCAUCAAUCUCAGGGAGCUUGACGUCAGCAAAAACAGUAUCCAGGAGUUUCCAGAGAAUAUCAAGAACUGCAAAGUGCUAACUAUUGUGGAGGCCAGUGUGAAUCCCAUCUCCAAGCUCCCCGAAGGCUUCACCCAACUCAUGAGCCUGACCCAGCUCUACUUGAACGAUGCCUUCCUGGAGUUUCUACCAGCCAGCUUCGGCAGGCUGACUAAGUUGCAGAUUCUGGAGCUGAGAGAGAACCAGCUGAAGAUGUUGCCAAAAAGCAUGCAGAAGCUCACGCAGCUGGAGAGGUUGGACCUGGGCAGCAACGAGUUCACUGAAGUGCCUGAGGUGAUGGAGCAGCUGACUGGAAUCAAGGAGCUCUGGAUGGAUGGAAACAGACUGACCUUCUUACCGGGGAUGCUAGGCAUGCUCAAGCAGCUGGUCUACCUGGACGUCUCCAAGAACAACCUGGAGAUGGUGGACGAGCAAAUCUGCGGCUGUGAGAGUCUGCAGGAUCUGCUGCUCUCCAACAACGCUCUGACGCAGCUGCCCGGCUCCAUCGGCUCGCUGAAGAAACUGACGGCAUUGAAGGUGGAUGAGAACCAGCUGAUGUACUUGCCUGACUCCAUUGGAGGGCUAACCUGUCUGGAUGAACUGGACUGCAGCUUCAACGAGAUCGAAGCCCUGCCGUCCUCCAUCGGCCAGUGCGUCAGCAUCCGCACCUUCGCUGCGGAUCACAACUUCCUCAGCCAGCUUCCCCCGGACAUGGGCAACUGGAAGAGUGCAACGGUGCUGUUCCUACAUUCCAACAAGCUGGAGUCGCUGCCGGAGGAGAUGGGCGACAUGCAGAAACUGAAGGUCAUCAAUCUGAGCAACAACAAACUGAGGAACCUCCCCUACAGUUUCACUCAACUGAGCCAGAUGACAGCGAUGUGGCUGUCUGAAAACCAGUCCAAACCCCUAAUCCCGCUGCAGAAAGAAGAAGAUCCAGAGACUCAGAAAACUGUGCUGACCAACUACAUGUUCCCCCAGCAGACCAGGACAGAGGACUACAUUCCCAACUCCGAUUCGGAGAGCUUCAAUCCGACCCUAUGGGAAGAGCAACGCAAACACAGAGCUCAGGUGGCCUUCGAGUGCGAUGAGGACAAAGACGAGCGGGAAACGCCUCCAAGGGAGGGCAACCUGAAGCGCUACCCCACGCCGUAUCCAGACGAGCUGAAGAACAUGGUGAAGACAGCCCAGUCCGUGGCGCACAGGCUCAAGGAGGACGAGUCCAGCGACGAGUCUGGAAAGGACCCCAAACCUGUUGAGAAGAACCACAUUGGAGUGCAGGACGUGGGAGUGAAGGUGAUAGAAGCGCCCUGUUCUAACGGCCUGGUGUCUGACAUGGAGUCCAAAGCCUGCAACAUCACAUUCACAAUCCCCAGCCUUCCAGAACCAGCGUCCAAGGACACGUCUGAGUCUUUCAGCUCCCAGCAUGUCCCACUCAAGUCGUCCGAGGGCUCCAUGAUGAACCACGAGGACACGCUGGAGGACUCUGAGGAGUUGUCUGAUGAAGAGGAGGAGAUGAAGAUUGCUGAGAUGAGGCCGCCUCUCAUCGAGAUAUCCAUCAACCAGCCCAAAGUGGUGACGCUAAGUAAGGACAAGAAAGAUGACAGCAAGGAUGCAGACUCGCUGCUCGAUGACACAGUGGCCAACAGCAACCAGAACAACAGCAACUGCUCGUCGCCAUCACGCAUGUCGGACUCCGUGUCGCUGACCACCGACAGCAGUCAGGACAACUCCCUGUGUACCCCCGAGAGGGAGGCAAAGAUGCCCUUCCUGCCAAAAAGCAGGCAAGAAGAUGAGAACAUGAACCCGUCCAAAGACACCAGCAGGCUCCUUCAUAACGGCAACGGCUCUGAAACGUCUCUCCAGGCGCUGCUGAGGGGCCAGCAGACUGCCACUGAGCCAGCGGGCGACUACGACCUGUCUGUGGAAGCCAGGAUGGCCUUCAUCGAGAGGGGAUUGAACAACGGCAUGGAGGAUGGCUACACCAAGUGGGACAAGAUCAACAUGAACCUAUCAAACUCGCCCACAGACAACAUGGUGCAGCUGGAACCUCACAAUGGUUCACUCAGACAGGAGGAAGUUGACGCCAAGCGGGCUUUUGACAACAUGCACCAUUUUCAGAACGGAAACCAGCAGGUGGUGUCCUUGGCCGGCGUGACGGCGAGCGGCGAGAUGUCUCGUAGCAACGAGGAGCUGUCUCCUGAGAAGAGGUGCCACCCCCCUCAGGUGACCAAGUCUCAGAGUGUCAGCAACAUAGAAACGGGAGGCAUGAAGCUGUACUCGUUUGACAUCAAUCGCGACACCGCAGCAGAGGCAAGGACGGUGGGCGCCGCCCCCGAGCCCAGUCAGGGCCCCACGGCUCAGGGCCAGAGCAUCGUGAGGAGCAAGUCCGCCUCCUUGCUCAACGAUCAGACUCUUCAAGUCUACCCGAGCUCUCACGCCUCCUCUUCAGACCUGUUGUCUUCCUCAAAGGUUGCCACCAGCACCAGCAGAUACCCAGCCCCCUCCAGCAUGGCCAUGGGCGCCCCCCCUCCUCAGUACAAUGUACAGUACACAAGCAGCGCCGUGCCCAACGAGGGGAUGUGGGCCCAGAGGACGCCAAUGCCUCCAGAACACCAAGGCUACCUCCCUCCCGCUGCCCACUCACUCGCUAAUACCAACUACUCCAACCGCAAUCAGGCCCCCCCCUACCCGCUGCAGCCCCAGCACAGGGGGCCCCCCAUGGGAUCCAAAGCACCUGGGGACAUUUGGGCCAAGGAGAGGCUUCAGUCUACCAGCAGCCAGUCCAUCGGGGGCACUUUACAACGGCAGAGUAGCACCGCCUCCGUAGGCGAGGGCAGACGGAUGCAGCUGCCUGAGGGCGACUACCUGACCUACAGGGACAUCCACACCCUCGCCAGGGGCCCGCUGGCCAUGAGCCAGGCGGCGCAGAGGCCCAUCUCGGCCCGCACUUACAGCAUCGACAUCGCCGCUCCAGCCAGGCCUCCCACCUCCAGGCCGCCGCCCCACGAGCUUCCGGAGCGGACCAUGUCGGUCAGCGACUUCCACUACCAGCAAGGCAGCCCUAACAAGAGGCCCAAUGUCAGGGUCAAGUCAGAGCACUCCCUCCUGGAUGGGCCUGGUCUGGUGUCGGGGGGACCGGGAAGGGUGCCGAUGGACUGGAGGGACCAGGUGAUGCGGCACAUUGAGGCCAAGAAAAUGGAAAAGAACGCGCUGUCUCGCUCCUAUAAUUCCAAUAGCGCUCCGCUGGGCUCCUCCCACUACGGCAGCUGUAGGGACGUGCGAGCCAGCCAAGGCUCGCUGCUGUUUAGGCCCUACGGCGCCUUCAGCGAGGAUGUGUUUGGACCGCCAGGUCAGCAAAGCUACACUAUGGACUCCCGCAGAAAAGUGCCUCUGAUGAACGGACAGAUGAGCUCAUCCGCUCGUCCCCACAUGAGCCAGGGGUCCAUGGCCCGCCACCCGUCCAGAGAGCAGCUCAUUGAUUACUUGAUGCUCAAAGUCUCCCAGCAGGGACCCCCGCGGGCGCCACACGAGGCGCCUCAGCAUGAGAUCCAUGUGAAGGUCGAGAAAAAUCCGGAACUGGGUUUCAGUAUAUCCGGAGGAGUGGGAGGUCGUGGGAACCCCUUUCGUCCAGAUGACAAUGGAAUCUUUGUGACGAGGGUCCAACCUGAGGGUCCGGCUUCCAAGAUUCUUCAGCCCGGUGAUAAAAUCAUCCAAGCAAAUGGAUACAGCUUUGUGAAUAUCGACCACGGAAACGCCGUGUCCCUCCUCAAGACGUUCGCCAACACUGUGGAUCUGACAAUCGUGAGAGACGUUCAAGCGUAGACGGGGACUGAAAAUGGGAGAUGUUAUUUUUAUAGAUCUGUGGGCACCCGUCAGAACUAUUUGUGGUAGCAGAAACGGGAGAACGCCACUUGAAUGUAAGCGGGUCGACGCGGCCGCCAUCAGCCAACGGGCCGUCACUGUGCUUUCUAUUUUUAUACAAAAGCAGCUGAAGACUGAGCUCCCCCCCUCAUGCAGAUAUUUCCGCCUUCUACCACUCAUCACCAUGACCACUAGGGGGCAGGGCUUCCACUUUAUCUUUUUUCUCUCCCCGCCUCCUCCCCUUCAUCUUUUAAUUUGAGCCGUCUGCAGUUGAAGGUGGACUGUGUCACGUGCUUGUGGAGCAGAAACGGAAGUGGAUGAAGGCCACGCCUGAGAACCUGCAAACACCCCGCGCCCUGUCCCGCCACGCUCCCAUCGUACCUCAGAAGAAUCCUCAGCCCCGCCAUUGGACUUGGGCUUCUCACACCAGGAGAGCUCAAAGUAGACAGCCGGAGAGAUGCUCGGCCUUAAAUGCGCUGGAGAGGUUUCUCUUUUGUUCGUCUGCAUGACCAAAGUGAGCGUGCAUGUUUGGAAUGGGGAGGAUUCCGGAAGGCUCCUUGAGUAAGAACAGGUCAACAUUUCAUGUUUUUGUUGUUAUUUAAGGCGGCCAUCCUGUGGAAUCAUACUUUCACUUGGGACGUCACCACUCUUUGCCUUUUUUUUUUUUAAGUCCAUUUGUGUUAGUUAUUUCGGUGUGGGAGAAGCAAGUGCCAUAAUGACCUUGAACUGUUUGACCUGGGGAUGACCUUUGAACCCAGCACCACCAAGCAAUAGGCAAGUUUGCAGCUUCCAGGCUUCGAAGCAAUAAAGCCUUGUUAGUCAGCCCCUCCAAAAAUCACAUUGAGACAACAUUGGAUUGUUUUUAAACCCUUUUAGAAACACCUGAUGAUUUUACAUGAUUUUUUUAUAUCAAAAAGAGAGUUUUGUAAUGAAACGGCACAUGAAAUAUAUAUAUAUAUAUGUAUACAAUAGUGUGAAGAAGAGUCUCUGCGUCGUGUAAAUGUUUGUCACUUUUUAUCACUUUGAUGUUUGUUCAAAGUUUGGAAUGGUUUUAUUCAUUCAGCCGUCAGCCGCAUGAAUCCAGUCCACUCCAGUCGGACAUUUGUGAGCACAUAGAAACAGUUUAUGCAGUCAAAUUUGGACAAGUAGUAAAAGACAGAUGUUGUUUAUAAUCAAAGUCACUUUUGAGUCAUGAUUUUUUUCCUUUUGGGGUAAAUGGUGAUUUAAUGUGCAGUUUUCGAGGUGUUCCUUGUUGGUGAUUCUGAUUUCUAUUCAGUUAAAGUUUGUCUUUGUAGACAAUCUUGGGAGAUCAUUUUUCUUCUUCUUCCAUGUUGAUCUGUUUCUGAUGAUCACGUCUUAUUUAUUUUGCAGGUUCCUGUCCUGUCUUGUUUUUGUUUUUUUUUUAGACAUUACUAAUCGAAAUGUAAAUACUGAAAGAGGAAAUGAAUGACGAGCAAUUUUCAAUUGUACCAGCAAUAAGUUUCCAAUGCAGAGAGGCAGCAGUUUCGAAUCGCUCGAAUAUUUCAAAUGUUUCGGUCACAGUGACAUUGACAUGCAUUCAUGCCACAUUCCAGAUUUUGUACAUAAUGAACUGUUUCUGCCGUAACCUGUGGAAAAUAAACGAACGCUCUUUCACAAUGAA